CGAGACGCGGAUCGGACUUCACGUCUGCGCCAACCAUACCAUGGACCACGAAAGCUUGCGGACGGCGUCGACGUACUUGAAUAACCUCCUUCUCGCUCGCGGUCUCCUCAAAAAUGGCGAAGCAAUUGACUUUGUCAAGCCCUCGAGAGAGUCGCGCGCGUCUAUCAUCAACCUGGUUCACGAUCUGAUCCUCCGCGAGGACCGCGAAAAGGAAAGCCGAGAACAUGUCGCGACUACGAUCCAGCAGCUCCGGAACGAGAAUACAAAGAAGACGCAGGACAUCGAGACUUUGCAAGCAAAGAAUGACCAGGCGGCCAGAAAUGCAGCGCAGGCGCAGCAGGCGGAACGCGUUGCUCUUGCAGAGGUGAAGAAGGUGGAGAAGGCAAUGAAGGCACUACAAGAUCAACUGGCAAAGGCAAAGGUCACUCUGGCGCAGGUCAAGACACAAUGUGCGAAUGAUGUCAAGAAGAGAGAUCUGGAGCUGCAACGGCUGAAGACACAUCUACAAGGACAGCAACGAGGGACACGGGUGGGCAUGACUGCGCCAUCGAUGACUGUGCGGAAAACCAUGCAGGAGCCUCAGAAUGUUCACGAUCCCGAAUGUUCGCUCAAGCAGGAGACGACCGAGUUCUUGACCCAGCUCAGCCAGAAUCUGAGCGAUGAAAAUGAUGGGCUGAUCAGUCUGGUCCGAAGUGCGCUGAGCACAAUGCAUGACCUGUUGGGCACUCAGUCCGAGUCUCAGAGGAAGGUCGACAGCGCGAUUGGAAGUUUGGGAAGCGACCAGGCCUCGAGAUCGAAGAGCCGGAAUGCUGGCACAAACUUAUUGCAACAAGAACCGGAAACCAGCUACGAAGUCCUGGCCGCUGAUUUGGAGAAUACUCUUGAGCAUUUGAAGUCCAUCCUCACCAACCCGAACUUCGUCAGCCUGGAAGAGUUUGAGAAGGAGGUGGAGACGCGGGAUGAGGAGAUUGCAAGUCUUCGAGAAUGCUGGGAACACAUGGAGCAGAGGUGGCAAGAAGUGUUGGUCAUGAUGCAAGGCUGGGUCAAGCGCAUGAAUACGGGAGACACCAUUAACAUUGAUGAUCUUCGCAAGGGCAUGGGCUUGGUGACGCCGAAUAGGAGAGAUGGGAAGAAGAGGAAGAUGGAGCAAGUGCCGGAAGUGCCAGAACCGGAGUCUAGCUUGAUGGACAGCGAACCGAGUGAGAUACAGCUACCAAGCAGCGAGGCUGCUGCGACUGCACCUACAACAGCGACAUCCCAGCAGGACUCUUCUCUACGUGCUAGCGAUGGUAUGAGAAGUUUAACUUCGAAGCUGAAUGAGCUCGACAGCCCGAAACGGAAACGCAAUGUUCUGGAACCGCCGGAUAUGUUCGACUUCCGGCCUGCUGACAAGGGAACCAUCAGAAAUUCUACAGCCGGUCGCUCACCGCAAAGCAAGAGUAGCAGGGCGUUGAACGGUGGCCUGGCCGAUGUAUUCUCGCCCAUCGCCAAAAGUAGCAGCAGGCACGUCACUCGAGAGCCCACGCCGGAGCCAGUCGAAAUGGACGACGGCGAAGAGAGUGAGGAACUCCAAGUGCCACAGAUGACCAUCAUGGAGAAACUUGCCGCAGCUCAAGAAGAGGCCGACGAAGCCAAAGCGCAUCGUGAUUCUGGUCGUGCUGCCGUCAACGGUACCUCUCGCACAUCCAAAUCGAGGCGGCAGAACAUCGAACCGGAUUUUGGUCUUGAUGGUGCCCAAGAUGUUCCUCCAGGUGAUGACACACUGCGAAGAAUGGAAGGCGGAGAUACGUUGGGCAACAUGGAUCUGCCUGGCAGUCCGAUGGCGAAGAAGACGAGAAUUCGAGGCAGGCCGAAAAAGAGGAAGAGUACGUUGACGAGGGAUGAGAUGGCGAGUUUGUUGGUCAUGGAUGACGAUGAGGCAUUCUAAGCAAUCGAAGGGCCUUGAGAGGAUUGACGUGCGUUUUUGAAUUGUUGGUCAAGCGACGAAAAGCGAUGGCGUUGGUUGGAUACAGUUUUGGGCAGACAAUGUACAUUCAGCAUGACGCUCUACAAUGCAUAUUGCCAAGUUCGGCC